GCAUCAGGGAGCCGCUGUGUAUAUGCGGGAGACUCCCGGAACUUCCGGGACACUUGGGAUCUCUGCCUUGGAAACAUGUAGCAUUGGAGGCUCUCGCCUUUCUGACAGGAUCUUUGGCGUCUCUAUUCGCCCGUUUCCUUCUAAAUCACGUGACUCAAACACACUCAUUGAACGCGACCUCUCUCGGUUACACCAGUAGAAGCUUUUCACAGUGCAGUGUGUGAGCAGUAGUUAUAUUAAUGAAUCAAACUAAAGACCAAAACGACGAUUAUGGCUAUAAUCUCUUUCCAGAAAGAAAGAAAAGCAAAUAUAAGAAAGGAUCCAUCGGAGAGAGUUUGUUCACUUUCAACCACAAAUGUCAGGUUAUGCUUCAAUUCGCACUGGAGACCAAUCCAUAUGCCAAACUACUCCUAGGAGCGAUGAAGAACUCUGGCUGCUCUAUCAACAAAGACAGACAUUUCUCAUGCGAGGACUGUGAUGGAAUCGUCAGCGGGGGUUUUGAUGCCACAACAUCACAGAUUGUGUUAUGUCAAAACAACAUUCACCAGCAGGCUCAUAUGAACAGAGUUGUUACACAUGAGCUCAUUCACGCAUUCGAUCACUGUCGUGCACACGUCGACUGGUUUGAUAACACCAGGCACCUAGCCUGCUCAGAGAUCCGAGCAGCCAGUCUAAGUGGGGACUGCUCCUUCAGUAAUGAACUCGCCAGGUUUAAUUUUGGCCUUAAGCAGCACCACCAGAAAUGUGUUCGGAGCCGGGCGAUGCGUUCCAUCCUCGCUGUCCGCAACGUGACCCCAGAGGAGGCAGAGAAGGUGGUCAAUGAAGUGUUUGACACCUGCUACAAUGACCACGCACCUUUCGGCCGCAUCCCGCACAACAAAAAAGACGCAAAGUUUGCCUGCAGAGAUUUUGAAAACAGAGAUCGAUACUAUGCAAACAUAUAGCAAAGGAAGUGUGAGCUUUUGUGUGAAUAAAGAUUCAGAAAUGUUCAGUGUUAUCAUCACACAAACACAUCAUUAAUGCACCCUGCUUUAUGUUGCUAUUAAAUACAUAUUAUACUGUUAUAUAUUAGGUACACCCAUCCGGUACAUACGUUCAUUGAUUAUAAGCUUCACCUACCAUGUAGAUGAAUUGUAGUAUAAUUGUGGUUAUUCAAUUACUAACUUUGGCACAUCUGGUGCUUUGUAUAGUUUGUCACCCCUGUACUCCAUUCUUUAAUCAAAAAGGGCCCCCAGAUCAGAUGAUUGGAUGAUUGUGAUGGUUUGGGUAAUAGAUUAAUCUUACACUACCAAGAUAGCAUCAUCGCAGUGCUGAGACUGGUCCACCAGCCAAAUGAUAUCUGUUCUUUCUGGAUCCCUUUCAGUUGAUAACUGAAGUACUGGUGGAGAUCAGUAACUGUAUACCCACAAAGUUCCUCUGGCAGCUUCAUUGAAUGUAUGUACCAGACAGAAGUACUUCAUAAAGUGUUGAGUGAAUAAACAAUUUAAUGUUG